AUGGACAUGAACAAGAGGGUGAUACAGCUAUUAUGGUCACCUCAUCAUGAGACUAUCUUAGGUACAGCCAGCAAUGAUAGACGUAUCUGCGUUUGGAGGGAUUUAGCCAAGAUUAAACAUGGUGAUGAACUACUGUUUGUACACAAUGGACAUACCAAUGAGGUAUCAGAUUUCGGCUGGAACCCUGCAGAGCCCUGGAUGAUAGAAAGCUGUGGUGAAGAUAACGUCUUACAAACAUGUCAGCCUGAUUGA